AUGGACAGGCUGAGGAGCGUGGUGCUGCGCAGGUGCAAGAGCCUGUCGCGGGCGGGGAGCAGGCGGGCGUCGUCCUCCUCCAGCUCCUACAGCAACCUCCGCUCCAUGUCCGCCAGGGACGACGUCGCCGGAGAAGACAGCCAGGCGGUGGCCGAGGGGGAGUCGGCGGUGGUGUUCGUGGGCAGCUCGCGCCGGCGGUACGUCAUCAGCGCCAGGCACCUCCGCCACCCGCUGAUCGCCGCGCUCAUCGACGACGACGCCGGCGAUGGCGACGCGAGGAAUAGUAAGGAGCCGGUGGCCGUGAGGUGCGAGGUCGUGCUGUUCGACCACCUGCUGUGGAUGCUCGACAACGCUGUCGACCUGCGCGCCGGCGCCGGUGGCGAGGACGACGCCGUCAGGGAGCUGGCCCAGCUCUACGCCACGUGCUAA